AUGAAAACUUUGGCAGCUCGUAAACUUGGUUUGGUAUUUAAAGAGGCCAGUGUGAAGAAGAUUAACCCUCAGCACGAAUAUCACUUUUUCCAAAAGACUUUUCAAGAGUACUUGGCGGCAUUAUAUCUGGCACACAAGCUACUGGAACAGAAGGUUAAUGUCUUUCAUAACUUGAAGUUAUGCUGGAACUGGAGAGGGUGUACUAAGCAAGAGUGUUUCAGUGAAUACGGAGAAGCAGAACAAAUGGCAAUGACUCUUUGUUCCUUUAUCCCGUUUCCACAGUCAGUAACCAGUAACAUCGGAAAUAAUUUAUUUGAAGGUGUCCUAGGUGUUGCAAAUGCUUCCAAGAGCUUCUCACAAUUACAAUUAACUGUUCAUCUUAUUGUAUGUGAUUCUAAUAUCCAUGUGGAGUUUUUUUUCUGUUUACAUGUUGCUAAUCUCUUACUCCAGGCUAGAAACUCUUGUCUGUAUUGUUGCGACAAUAGCACAAGACUUUACUGCCCUUGAGUGCGACGCACUUCAAAUGAACACAUCUUUACAUUCCUUUACUAUACAAACAAAUUGCAGCUUUCCCUCUAAGGGGGCUGCUGCAAUUGGUGACAGUUAA